AUGCGAACCGUACUUGCCAUUCUAGCUGUCGUUGCAUUGGUCGGUGCUCAUCCAACCUUGGAGUCCGCGAAUACCGAAAAUCUCGACAAUGUAAAUAUAGUUGCGAGAUCUACUUCAGCCGUACCAGCCAGUCUUGUUGAUGAUUUUAAAAAGUACAUGAUGUACUCUGCUGCUGCAUACUGUGACUCAGUUAUUGUGCGACAACAGUGGAGCUGUGAUACCUACUGCGCCUCCGCUUCUUCAAACACCCAAGUCGUUGAAGUUUUUGGUGAUGGCGAGAGUGGGGUUGGGUUUCUUGGCGUUCAAAGUUCCGCCAAAAUCAUAGUUGCUGCGUUCCGUGGAUCAAAUGAUGCAGGAGAUUGGAGUAUAAAUCUCAACUUUAUUCUAAAACCUGCUGCUUGGCUGAGUACUGCUUGGGGUUCAUCUAGCUCUGUCAGGUUCAUGAAUGGAAGCAAUUUUCAAGCUCCAAACAAUGCCAAGGUUCAUGCAGGCUUUCAGAACAGCUACAUGGUUGCACGCGAAGAAGUCCUGACUGUCAUUCAGCAAACCGUGGCCAAGUAUCCCGAUUACCAAAUCAUCUUCACAGGCCACUCUCUUGGAGCUGCAGUAGCCAGUCUUGCUGCAGUAGACUACAUUGAUAAAAAUCCUUCCGACUCUUCCAAAGUAUCAUUGUAUACAUACGGGUCUCCUCGUAUUGGAAACAAGGCCUUUGCUGAUUGGUAUUCGACUAUUCCAUUUCGGGGAUUGUUCCGUAUCACCCGUACUAAAGACCCUGUUCCUCAUUUACCACCACAAGCUUUCACAUACCGCCAUUUUAAACAAGAGUACCUAAUUGAUGCCGACGGAAACACCAAAUCAUGUACCAACAAUGGUGAUGCCGGCGAAACUAGCGAUUGUGCCGACGUUGAUUAUUUCCCACCUCAAAUUCGACAACAUCUUACUGGCUACUACUAUCCAUCGGGAUGUCUCAAGGAAGCCUAGAUACUUUAUAUAAUUGAAUAUUACAUUGAAUAUUACAU